AUGGCAGAUGCUGCUUUCGCUUCGUGUGCUAUUAAAUUUCUAGAAUUUAAAAUCUGCUGUAUUUCUUUAAAAUCUGCUGUAUUUCAUCAAAAAGCAAGCGGUAGUCCAGUUUUAUCUGAUGUGUCGUUGAUCCGACUUACACCGCAUCACCAUCAUCCCGGUAGUCAUUCAGAAUCACCGGUUGUACCAUAUCAUCCACAUUUAUUUGCGGCCAGCCCUGCUAUGUCUGUACUAUCACAGGCUAGAGGUCUAAGUCCUACAGAUUCACAUGGCCAUACUUCCAUGCCACCACCUCCAUUACCACCGGAAUAUUUACAACAUGGUAUGCGAAGUGUGUAUGCAGAUACUAUCAGUGGACCACCUAGUACAGCUGGAAGUAUUGAACAUUCAGCAUUAGAUUUCGGAUCUGUAGAUGGUUCCAGGUUUUCCAGUCCAAGACCUUCUGCAAGACUGACUCGUAAAAGAGCACUGUCAAUUUCUCCGCUUUCAAAUGAAUCUUUAGACAUUAACGCUAUGAUACGAACAUCUCCUAACUCAUUAGUAGCAUAUAUCAAUGGUGGAACAUCACGUAGUUCGUCAGCAAGCGGUUCCUACGGUCAUUUAUCUGCUGGGACCAUCAGUCCUCUUGGAUUUCCUCCUUCUAUAUCACCAGCACAUUUACAACAUUUUAUGCGACAAAAAAGUACGCAGAAAAUAUCAGAGGAACCAAGACACAAAAUACAAGAAAGUGAAGCUCAGGUAAAUACAGUAACCAGUCAGUGGUCAGUCGACGGACAGUUGGUGUCGCCGGUAACACCAACAAAUGAAUGCAACACUGUAAGCAGUACAGAGGAACCAGCAAUAAUCAAAAGAACCAAAAUCAAGGAAGAAGCUGUCAAUUCACCCCCGGCAACCGUUUCAUCAUCAACUAAUGCAGAUAUCAAAAAUCUUAAUGUUGGGACGCCCGGUGACCCAAUGAAAGAUGAGGAAGAUGUUGCCAUAGUAACAGAUUGUGAGUGGGGAGAAUGUAGAAAACAUUUUGAAACAUUAGAAGAGUUGGUCCAGCAUAUCAAUAAUGACCAUAUUCACGCUGAAAGGAAAGAUUUUGUGUGUCGAUGGAAAGAUUGUAUACGAGAACAGAAACCAUUUAAAGCUCAGUAUAUGUUGGUUGUACAUAUGAGAAGACAUACUGGUGAGAAACCACACAAGUGUACGUUUGAAGGCUGUUUCAAAGCAUAUUCCCGUCUAGAAAACUUAAAAACUCAUUUGAGGUCUCAUACUGGUGAGAGACCUUAUGUAUGUGAACAUGAUGGUUGUACUAAGGCGUUCUCGAAUGCUUCCGACAGAGCAAAACAUCAAAACAGAACACAUUCAAAUGCCAAACCUUAUGCCUGUAAGAUCCCUGGUUGCCCCAAGCGAUACACAGAUCCGAGCUCGCUACGGAAACAUGUCAAGACAGUACAUGGACCAGAUGCGCAUGUCACCAAGAAACAUAAAGGUGACAGAAAACCAGACAUGGGAGGUAGUAACCAUGGUAACAGUCACCAUGGCGGCAAGGGAGAAAAGGGAGAGCACAAGCCAGAUAUUGGAAAAGUGGACGAAUGUUUAAGUGUUAGACCAAUAAGAGUAAAACCAAGUGAGACAAAAUUGCCACAACCUGUUUGUAGUUCAUCACCGCAUGACGACAGUGGUGUUGAAAUGAACAUGCACAGUGACAGUCUCGGUGAUCUCACAACAAUAGAAGAUCAAAAGAUUUGUGAACACAAAGUCACAAGUAGUAGUCGACAUGGUGUUGAAUUUCGAGAUGGUAGUGUUGCCGUGACAACUACACAUACACAUGUAUACCAUGUACCAUCAAAAAGGACGACAGCGGGAAAGAAGAUGCGAGGAGUCUCUAACGUUGGUCGGCUUUCACAGAAAGUAACAAACUCCAUUCCAUGUGUUCCCAAUCUACCAGCUAUCAUUUCUAGUACGGCACCUGUUAAUAACAGGCGUAAUCUUCCUCGUAAAAGUUUCCAUGAAAGUUCCAAUCCUCCUGAUAGCGGUCGCUGUGGUAGCGGUAUAUCGUACGACAGUUUGGGACGCAGACGUGACAGCAAUACAAGUACUAUCAGUUCGUAUUAUAGCAGUCGUCGAUCAUCAGAAGCGUCUCCUUUCCCGUUUAGUCAAUUUUCAAGUCGUAGAUCUAGUGAAGCGAGUCCAUUCCCAGCAGGACGACGUGGUUCUGAAGCAUCACAGGCGUCAAAUCGUUUAAGUGUACUUGGAUCUCCAUAUGAUCCGAUAUCACCGGGUUCAUCUCGUAGAUCUAGCGGUAUAAGUGGUAUGAAUGCACCAACUGGAUUACCAGGAUUGACCGUUGCACAGCAAAGACGACUACAAGCAAAGUUUUAUCAAGCCACACAUCAACAAAUGGGAGACGAUUCUUGUGCUCCAUCACCGGUACCACCUAUGUGGGGAUCAAGAAGAGACAGUGAGGGUGGCGUUAGUUUACCACCACGUACUCCAUUACCGCAUGAAGUUCCUGGUGUUAAUGUGCGACGUGCUAGUGAUCCAGUACGUGCAUUACGAACGCCAAUUAAAGUUGAUUUGAACCGCUAUAGCAGUAUGAGUUCAAUGCCGCCAUCAAGCAGGAACUUUAACUCCUCUCAGAUCAAUCCUUUCAAAGCUUUACCAGAUAUCGGUUACCGCUACUCAUCACCAAGACCUCCUAGCAUAGCAGAAAAUGUUCCAAUGGAGUCCAUGGAAAAUGAUGAUGCGCCAGAAAUGCAAGAAAAUGGUGAUGUGAUUCUUCCGGAUGAAGCAGCAAUGUUCAUAACACAGCAAGAAGAAAAACAGCGGCAACGCAGACAACAACGAAUUCGUCAACAGAUGCGAAUGCAGAAAGAACAAUAUCAACAGCAAUUUGGACAACAACAAAGUUAUAACAACUAUCCAGCCCAGUUGUCUCCACAGCAACCAUCACCGCAGCAACCAUCACCGCAGCAACCAUCAUUAGAACAAACACAAUACAAUCAAGUUAUUAUGACACAGCAACAAACUCAAAUGUGCUACACACAGGAACAAGCGCAGAUAUAUGAACAAACGUCAAGGUACGUUGAUCAAAUGAACGCACAAUUCGAAUCUCAGCCACCGUUACCAACGCAAGCAAUUGCCAUGGAAACAUCCCCUGAUAAUAAUCAAGUUUCCAGUACUGUUAAUACUUGUCAGUUGCCACAGCAACCAAACACUGCAGGUUAUGAAACAUUCAUGGUUGAAGGUAUGGGGGCGCUGUCUACUGACAACUAUUCACAAGAUCCAAACACUUACCCUGCAGCAAAUAUGGACCCAAAUCUCAUUGAUAUGCAAAUCACUGGUGGUGGCGAUGAUGACAUGGGGUCAGAGGUCAUACCAGAACCCGGAAGUACUUCCAAUAUGGUAAUCAAUGAUAUGAAUUCAACAAUGUCAUCAUUGGUCGAAGAAAAUAAAUAUUUGAAUUUGAUGUCAUAA